UUUGAUGCCCAACCUAUUACUGAAGACAACAUCCGUGUUACUCUCUUAUUGCACUGUCCUGCUGGAGCGGGGGUUUUUUGUUCAAUAUGCGGCUUUCUAAUUCUGAGAUCCGGGCUGUUGGUCUCGACUUCAUAGAGUUUUUACACGAGACGCAAAGAUUCAGUAUUACUCAGAGGGAUGAGCUUCGAGACAUCUACCAAAGAGAGUUUAGGAACAGGCAUGGUGCCAGAGAUCCUAACUUCUCUUCAUUGCUGUUCGUCCUCAGGAACAGUAACAAAGCGCGCGUCACCCGGGACAGACAUGUGUACUUUAAAGAUAAUGUGCGAGUGCUACAGGACCAAUGGUUGAGACCUGGAGAGAGGCAGCCAAGUGCCAGCGUUGCCGGUCGGAGUGCCUCAAGAUCUCUACCAUCUCAAAAUGCUCAGGCAGCAUCCUCUCCACCUCCUGGACCGGAGGAAGGCGUUAGAGCCAGAAGGAAGCUGGCUCAGGAGAUCCUCAAAAAGCUCAGUAAUGAGAGAUCAGAGUUUGUGGCUGAUAAACAUGGAGUUCGGGUCAGCUCUGAAAGGGAGACUGUGGAUGGGAGAAUGCAUGUGUGUGUGGACAGUGCAGAUGAUUAUGAGUGGAAGGUGUAUGUUGAAAAUACAGGGCAGCAUGUUGUGGAUUUCACUUACUACUCACCACUGCACUGGAUACAAUGCUUCAGGUUUGAUGACUCCAAGAAAGUCACACGCAACAAUCCCCUGAGCCUACUACCUGGUGAAAGGUAUGAGAUCACUGUGAAGGUCCAUUCAAAAUAUGUGGGUAUGUAUCAUGCAACUGUGGCCUUCGAGUUCAAGUUAAGCAUGGAGCCAAGGCCAUUCCACAUUGUGCGCUUUAUCGAAGCUGAGUUCAGCACACAGCUAGCUAAAGAGCUGGCACCUACUGAGCCCUACACACCCUUCAGACUCAGCAGAGACCAAACUGAUGAUUUCAUUGUAGAUGAGGGAGAACGACCUGACAACCUGGUCAUACAGCGUCUUCAAAUUGAGGUACCCUUGUCGAUAUAUAAAUGCCCAAACUAUGUUGAUGACCUGAUCGACUUUCUGAAAGCCCCAAGUUCUCACAAGCCCUUUCUGGUGCAAAAGAAGUUUCGAUUGGAGUCUCCUCUGGAUUUUUAUAACUACGCAGAGCGCUUCGAACUUCUCCUUUACCUGGAGGAACGUCAAAUGGAGGUGGACAUCAAGAAAUAUGACAAGCAUGAUGUCACCAUGCAGAUCGACCGACAGAACAGGAGACUUUUGGUACUUGAGGUUCCAGGUGUUUCUGAAAAUCGUCCAUCUGUGUUAAGAGGAGAUCAUUUGCUGAUGACUAAGUCUGAUGACGUGAAUUCACAGCAUAUCACCAAAUACAAAGGUUAUGUGCACCGUGUGGAGCUCGACCGGCUCAAACUGGGCUUCUCACAGAGGUUCUUGGCCAGUUUCAUAGACAACAUGAAGUUUCAUGUAGAGUUCACUGUUAACCGUCUGCCAAUGAGACUCCAGCAUCGCGCCGUGCAUCUAGCUGUCCAACAUCGCCUUCAAGAUGUGCUGUUCCCUAAAGAAUCAAAUGUCGCAUCCGAAACAACACUACCAUCACUGAGCCUGUUUGACAGAAAGCUGCAGGAAAACGAUGAGCAAUACAAUGCAGUGCGUAACAUUGUAGCUGGGGUGUCUAAGCCUGCACCGUACCUGGUGUUUGGACCUCCUGGUACAGGAAAAACAGUUACUAUGGUAGAAGCCAUUAAACAGGUAGAGAAAUGUUUGCCAGAUGUGCAUAUCCUGGCAUGUGCUCCUUCUAACAGCGCUGCAGAUCAGCUGUGCGAGAAAUUGCUGGAACACGUCGACACUCACAAAGUGUACCGAAUGUACGCCAGCAGUCGGAACCCCGACCAGGUGCCCCUCAUUCUGCAGGAAGCUAGUAAUCUUAAAGGUGAUGCUUUUGAGUUUCCACAUAAAGAAGAGUUGAUGACAUAUAAGAUUGUGGUCACUACUGUGGUUACAGCUGGCAGGCUGGUCACUGGUGGGGUGCCUUCCACUCAUUUCACUCAUAUCUUUGUGGAUGAAGCUGGCCAUGCAGUGGAGUGUGAGACCAUUAUAGCUAUUGCUGGUCUGCUGCAUGCAGAGACAGGGAUGCUUGUGCUGGCCGGAGAUCCGAAGCAGUUGGGGCCUAUUCUAAGGUCUCCAAAUGCUAUCAAAUAUGGACUGGGUCUGUCACUUCUGGAGAGGCUGAUGACUAAAAAUUCACUCUAUAAUAGAACAGAAAAUGGAUUCAACAGUAACUAUGUCACCAAGUUACUACGCAAUUACAGGUCCCACAGGGCAAUCCUGAGAUGUCCUAAUGAGAUGUUUUAUAAUGGAGAGUUGCAGCCAUGUGCAGAUGAAUUCAGUACCAGCUUCUACUGCUACUGGGAACACCUUCCCAAAAAGGGGUUCCCUCUGAUUUUUCAUGGUGUAUCAGGGAAGGAUGAGCGUGAGUCAAAUAGUCCAUCUUUCUUCAACACCAGUGAAAUCACCGUCGUCGUUGACUACCUGAAGAAACUGCUGCUGACACAGGGCAAGAAAGGCAUUGCCCGGAUCUCGCCCAAAGACAUUGGUAUCAUUACCCCCUACAGGAAACAGGUGGAGAAAUUGAGGAAGGCCAUUAUAAAAUGUGAUAGAGAGCUGAAAGUCUUCGAGAACAUUGAACACCUGAAGGUGGGAUCAGUGGAGGAGUUUCAAGGCCAAGAGAGGAGGGUUAUCAUUGUGUCGACUGUCCGCAGCAACAGUGAAUAUCUUACAUUGGACAAGGAGUUCAACAUCGGUUUCCUUAAAAACGAAAAGAGGUUCAAUGUAGCUGUGACCCGAGCCAGGGCUCUGCUCAUCAUUGUGGGAAACCCUGUCAUACUCAGCACUGAUAUGUCCUGGUCCAAGUUUAUCGAUUACUGCACUGAAGAAGGAGGCUGCAUUGGUUUUAAUCGCGUCUCUGUAGAGGGCACAGAAGAAGUGGUGACUCGGCUCAUGGCUCUCAGGAUCCAUACAGAGGCUGAAGGGGAAACUGAGGAGAGUUCCGUCCAGCAGUACGAAAACCCCGAGUGGAGGAAUGAACAGUAACCCUGCGAAUCUCUCUCUCUCUCUCUCUCUCUCUCUCUCUCUCUCUGUUUAUGCUGAGUUGCUAGUUUCUAAAAUUAAAAUGCAUUACAUCUCUUUUGGACUUUAGAACAGCACAAAUUCCAAAUGUUGGAGUCUUGCUCCAAACAACAGUCUCCACUGCAUUUCAAAUAUGUUUUAAAAGAUUUAGGGACUUUGCAGGGAUUUGCACUAUUCAUUUCUAUUCAAUUUUAAGCAAAGAACAUUCCUUGAUUUAUUGAUACAUAACUUAUGACAUGGUGCGUUGCUAUGCUGAAUGCGCCUAUGUGUUUUUCGAUAAAUAAUCAGUAGCCAUAAAGUGCUGAGCAGUUAGCCGUGUGCACUUCCUUAUCAGGGAAACCAGGACCUUAUGAACAAGCAUAAUGCCUCGUGCUUACAGUCAUACAGCGUUUCUGUUCAUUAAAAUCAUUCGUCUCAAUCACCCCAAGCCCUAGCUGAUGCUAGAUUUGCUCGUUUUUAAACUUUCAUUUUGCGUUAAAGUGAACUAAAAGGUAAAAGUACAGUAGCUACUACCACAUCUGUGUAUGUGUAAUUUUGUAAUCUGUAUUAUGUAAUCUGACGGUGAGUUAAUACGUAGAAUCGAUGUUGUCACAUGCAAAACAGUAGAAGAAAACCAUAUUAAGUGGAAUGUACAUUUAAAGUAUAACACAGAUUAAAGACUGCUAACUGUGAAUGAGACAAAACAAUACAACAAAAAUGCAAAAUAACUGCACACAUGAAUGUCUUAUGUUAUAUUAAAGAUAUUAAAGAAAUGUUUACAGAGAGUGAACAAGUCACAAAUAUUAAGUAAGCUUUCUCAAUCAUUUUUGCUGAAAUUUUAUGAAAUCAAAAUGCUGGUUUUUACUCAUUUAAUUCAAAUUUUAUUUAAUUGGUUUUCACAAAUUUAAUUCUUGCUCCUUGAAUAUAUAUCGACUUGCAUUAUUUAUGAAAUGACUUUAUAUAAUAUUAAUAUAUUUAUUAAUAAGAACCUUCAUUGGAAAAAUGUCUUUUAAACGUGAGUAAAUUAAGUUGCAAAUUUUUGUAUUUUUACACAAACAAACCUUUAAGAAAUCAGGAACGUCUGUCAUCACACACACACACACACACACACACACACGUUACCACUUGGUCAGCAUGCUUCAUACAGAGUUGCAUGAAAUGUGCAUGUUGUCCACUUUUAGUGUAGGUUCACACAAGCUGCACAGACAGAAUCUAUUAUGAAUUAACAAUACGUAAUACUUCUCUUCAAUAAAUCAUUUAGAAUUAUCCAAACAUGACUGAAAUAUUAAAAUACUUGAAAUUGGUUGAAAUCAUGUGGAGCCUUGAUCUGCCAUCAGUGCCAUCAGUAAGAUAUUUUGUCAUAAAGUUAGUGUAGGAAUGAAAGCUGGAAAGUAUAAAUUAUAUAAAUCUAUGCAGAGAUUUUAUUAAUCGUGAAUUUUUUUUUAAUGUGUCUGAAAUGCUUGAAGUACAUUUUAAAUUUAUCUGGACAUUGUAUCUUUAAGAGAUGGAAUCAUUAAUAAAGAAUAAUAAAAUGUU